UACGCCGCGAACAGAGAGAGACAUGGCCACCUUAUUCUCUUUCUCUUCACGCUAUCUCGCAUGAAAACUUUCCAUAAAUUGCAUGCAAACUCAGACCCCUAUUGAAACUCUCUCACUCCCCAUUUCAGUCUCCCACUGGUCAAGCUUUUUCCCAUAUUUUCAAUUCCCCCCAGAAUUUCCCCUAAUUAAAUAUCUCCCUCUUCCUCUCCCUCUCCCUCUCUCUCUCAUCGCAAUUUCAGAACCCUGUUCUCUCAAAAAUCUCGGAAAGUUCGAAGCUUUCUCUCACUCUCAAAACUCUGUUGUCGGAAUUUCAUAGCUGUUGAGGCAGAGGAUGAAGGGUUUUCGCGGUUUCCCGGAAACGGCGUCGCUUUGGGCUCCGGAAUUUUCGUUGCCGGAAUGUGUGCCCGGAAGCUCAUCGUUGCAGAACCACAUUGGGGGAGAAUCCCAUUCUGAUCAAACCCUGGAGGCUGCCUUUUCUCGCCUAAAUGUGUCAGCUUUCAGCCGCCAGCAGUCGCGGAUUUCAGGCAUUGACGGCGGCGAUUACAGUAAUGGGCCGGCGCUGAACUACCCAUCAAGCGAUCACGGAUUUAGCGGCGGAAAUUCGAUGCCUUUUUGCGGCGGCGAGGCGUUGCAGAGUCGUCUGAACUCACAGAACGGCGGGGGUGGGGAUUUAGGGAAUUUUGGUCGUGAAAAUUGCUGGGUGGGAAAUGGCUCGAAUGGCUUUGUUCCCAAUCAAGAUUGCUGGGUGCAUUCUGACAUUGCUGGGUUUCAAAAACCUCUGGAUCGCCUGUCGUUGGCUGAUUUGCGCGGAAAUAUCUCUGCUUUGGCCAAGCAGCAGCACGGCUGUCGUUUUCUGCAGAAAACAAUGGAGGAUGCACCGAACAGGGAUGUGAUUGAUUUAAUAUUCUUGGAGAUUAUGGAAAAUGUGGUCGUUUUGAUGCUCGACCCUUACGGGAACUAUGUCGUUCAGAAGCUUGUGGAGGUCUGCACCGAAGAGCAGAGGACCCGUAUGCUUUCGAAGUUGAUAUUGGAGAGUCAUGCGUCACUGGUUUGUAUUGCCCUCGACACUCGCGGGACUCGUACUGUACAGAAAUUGUUGCAGUACGUUACUAGCCAAGAGCAAGUGUCGUUGAUUAUGGGAGCUCUGAGCCCUGCUGCCGCUGUGUUGAGUAAGAACAACAACUGGCCAACAUGUGAUCGAACAGUGCUUAGAGAAUUUUUCUGAGGAAGACAACAGGUCUUACAUGUUGCAGUUGGAUUUGGAUUUGAAUGUUGGCUGGUUCUGCUCGUCUUUUUUGUGAUCGUUACGUGUUGCAAGAAUCCACGAUAAGUACUUACUCUUGAUCAAUAAAGUUAUAUGAUUUUAAGCCGAUCCACAGCUUGUGGCUGGAACUUUAUUAGCCUAUUAGCUUUUGAAAGCGGGAAACUAUCAUCCAUGCACCUAAUGUUAUUUCUAAUAGGCUAUCAUGGGUCGUGAUUUGUUCAAACAAAGAGUGUGAUAUAUCCAUUUGGAAUUAAAUUUUAACUGCAGAAGGGACUAGAUUGGACCCUCACUUCCACCCUAAUUGAACAACCAAAAUUUUAGGCUUUUUAUUUCUAAAUAUGUCCGGUGAAGCACAUGAAUUUUGUAUCCAUGAUUUACAUGAUGGAAUCUUGUAAUUGAAGGUUAUGUAGAUCAUUAGUUUCAAUAGAUAAUCUUUAUUUUCGUAGUUACUUCUCAUAUCAACGGUUUUCACCUUGUGUUCCACAUCAUAUUUUCACAUCCAACGUUGGUAUUUUAGAAAGGGACAUGCAUAAUAAAGAAAUCAUGUCACUUGUAGAUACAAGAUCUGGUGAUCAAGAAGCGCCAAUCUUUCCAUGUUACUUAAAGAAUCGUUUUAGAAGCUCCUUGUAACUAGUCCUUGAAUCCACUCUCCUGAAGUACAGGACAUUGUAUCUUGAUUUCUAGCCACAUUUUCUUUGGCAGGGUCUUCUGCUUGUGGUGGCUAUUAAUUGUUCCACAAUUGGGAAGGACAAAAGUGGCUGUUGUGUGCUACAAAAGUGCAUUGAACACUCUAGUGGUGAAAAUAGAGAACGCCUUGUUGCUGCUAUCAUAGCGCAAGCAACAGUACUUGCAGUAGAUCGCUACUGGAAACUACGUGGUGCAACAUUUACUGGGUUUGAGGAUCCCGCAAAUCACACAAAAUCUUUUGAGACAACUUCAGGGCAGUUAUAUUUCUAUAUCAUUGAAUAAGUUUGGUAGCUGCGUUGUGGAGAAAUGCUUGUCCGAGUCAAGCGAGGAACAAUCUUCACAGAUUAUAUUUGAGUUGGUCACCAACCCAAAUGUGUCAAUGCUUCUUGUUCACCAGUAUGGGAACUUUGUCAUCCAGACAGCACUCGAGGUUUCUAAGGGUAUCUACCAUGAAGCUCUACUAAAUCUGGUUAAUUUAUACUCCGACUUUCUGGGUGGCAAUUCUUAUGGAAGAAAAGUACUUGCUCGGCUUGACAGGUGCCUGCGACGGAUAUAGACAUGCAAAGUUUCUUCCGCCUACGUUGCAAAGUGACUUUUAUAGGUGUUGGAACAACAGAAAAUAUGCGUGUGGAUAUCUGCAGCCUGUUAGGAGCUAACUUUAGUAUUGUAAUAUCGAAAUCCUGUCGAAAGGAUCCCAGAGGGAUGGUUAAUGUCCGUUACGAAACUGUAGAGUUGUGUGAUCCUCCCGUUGUACUGGGGGAAUAGGAUUUUGUAUAUUGUGAUCUCUCCCACACUUGAUUGUUGUGCUCUGUUAUGUGAACUAGGAAGGCAAUAGCUACGUUGGAAUUGAUCUGAAUUAACUCUGCUGUAAUUUUCUUUUCUUUUAUUUACGUAAAAGUUAAAACUAUUGAGAUGCUAUUUGUAUUUACAUAGGGAAACUUUUAUUCACAAUUCUGGAUGGAAUAUUGUUCAGUAAUUUAAAAAAUAAUAAUAAUUUAUGUUUGCUGUA